AUGGCGAACAAAACUACAACUGUUGAUAUUCGUACCGAAUUGGCAGAAUUAGUUAAAAGGAAAACUGAAAUUGCAGAAACACUGGCUAAUUUAGAAAGGCAAAUAUACGCUUUUGAGGGUUCCUACUUAGAAGAUACUCAGUUAUAUGGAAAUAUUAUUAGGGGGUGGGAUAGAUAUUUGGCUAGUAACAAAACAACUAACAGUAAAGCAGACAAGAGAAACAGAAAAUUUAAAGAAGCAGAAAGGCUAUUUUCAAAAUCCUCUAUUACCUCAAUAGCUGCUGUAAGUGGCUUAGUAGAUCAGGGUGAAAAAAGUGGAGAUCGUAAUUCAGAAAGCGAAUCUCAAGGUGGUAACAGUGGAGGAGAAGAUAAUGAUAUAAAAAUAACAUCAAAGGACAGAGAAUUAAAACACAGUUUGAACAAUUCAGUAUCUAAUAAUUUGUCAUCUAGUGUUGCAGUUAAUGCUGACAUUUUAAAUGGUGAUAGAUCAAUUACUCCAACUAAAGAAAUUAAAAAUAUAAAUUCUAGAAGUUCAAGUUUAAAGAAAACAAAUAGCAAAAAACCUAGGCAUAGAUAG